AAGCCCCCAACCGGAAACUAAACGUUUCGACCACGAUAGAGGGAUGCGCAUGGAAAGCGACACACCACAUCACCGGCAGGAGUUUAUUAAUUAUUGUGAUUACUAUCGUCUCUAAAUUGAAUAGAGUAGGCUCUUUAUCGAGCCCUUCAUGCGGAGGAGGUGAGCCUGGUUGGUCACAGGGAUAUGGUAAUGUAUAGUGACUAGCGCUGGACACAGACAGCACUGGACAACAAGGAACAGCAGAUUUGCCUGUGAUGAGUUGCGAAGGCACUGGUUUGGGGGCCCUGGGCCCACUUGCAGGGUAUUGGGAAAAAAUCCAGGAGCGCUCAGCCUCGUUGGAGACCUGUCCGUGGUGUGCUGCUAAAGGGCAGACUCGGGCUCUGCGUUCCUAUAGGAUCAGCAUCCAGGAGGUCAUCACCCUCUGCACUGACCCACAGUGCCUGUUUCCCCUGGUCUCCAGGCCCCUGGAAGAUGUGCUGGCCAGCCUCGUACCCCCUCUACCCCAAACACAGACGGGGAGGAAGAGGAAGAGUCCCAGUGUGUUGGAGAACGGAGACUCUGUACCUUCCCCCAAAAGCGCACGAUCAGAGGAGGCCGUGUCACAGAAUGAGAGUCGCCCAGUCGUCAGGAUCACCAGCGCCAAACUCAAUGGGGAAGACUGCUUUAAUAAGACGAAGCGCACGACGCCAGUACAGAAGGAGAGAAUCAGCCAAUCAGAACCCACAGACAUGGAGCUGGUGGAUAAAACCCUUCCUGAGACCGAGAGGGGAGGGGCCAAUGGAUACCACAAGGAUUCUGAUUGGCCGAUCCCAGAGGAAAUGGACCAGAAAGUCCUAGAUGAGGAUGAGGAGGGAGAAGAUGGUGUCUUUCUCCCAGAGGAGGCUACACCUACUUUAGACAAGGGGUUUCCUCUCCCAGAGAAGACUUUACCUACGUCACAACUGGCAGUGUCUUUUGUAGACGCUGAGUCUGCACCGAAGGAGGUUAUCUGUCCCUUAGACAGGGCUGUUUCUGCCCCAGAGAAGACUUUAUCUGUCUCUCGGGUAGCUGUUUCUGCCCCAGAGACGAUUUUACCUCCCUUACACUUGGCUGUUUCUGCCUCAAAGAAGAAUGUGGCUGCGCUAGAGAAAGCCUUGGACACAUGCGUAACUGUCCCUAAUUUACAGGACACCGUCCGUCUCCUAGAGGCUCUGAUUGCACCAGGGGAGGCUGUCUCUCUGCUAGAGGAGGCUCUACCUGUCCCAGGGGAGGCUGUCUCUCUGCUAGAGGAGGCUCUACCUGUCCCAGGGGAGGCUGUCUCUCUGCUAGAGGAGGCUCUACCUGUCCCAGGGGAGGCUGUCUCUCUGCCAGAGGAGGCUCUACCUGUCCCAGGGGAGGCUGUCUCUCUGCCAGAGGAGGCUCUACCUGUCCCUGGGGAGGCUGUCUCUCUGCUAGAGGAGGCUCUACCUGUCCCAGGGGAGGCUGUCUCUCUGCCAGAGGAGGCUCUACCUGUCUCAGGGGAGGCUGUCUCUCUGCCAGGGGAGGCUGUCUCUCUGCCAGAGGAGGCUCUAACUGUCCCAGGGGAGGCUGUCUCUCUGCCAGAGGAGGCUCUACCUGUCCCAGGGGAGGCUGUCUCUCUGCUAGAGGAGGCUCUGCCUGUCCCAGGGGAGGCUGUCUCUCUGCUGGAGGAGGCUCUACCUGUCCCAGGGGAGGCUGUCUCUCUGCCAGAGGAGGCUCUACCUGUCCCAGGGGAGGCUGUCUCUCUGCCAGAGGAGGCUCUACCUGUCCCAGGGGAGGCUGUCUCUCUGCUAGAGGAGGCUCUGCCUGUCCCAGGGGAGGCUGUCUCUCUGCUGGAGGAGGCUCUACCUGUCCCAGGGGAGGCUGUCUCUCUGCCAGAGGAGGCUCUACCUGUCCCAGGGGAGGCUGUCUCUCUGCCAGGGGAGGCUGUCUCUCUGCCAGAGGAGGCUCUAACUGUCCCAGGGGAGGCUGUCUCUCUGCUAGAGGAGGCUCUACCUGUCCCAGGGGAGGCUGUCUCUCUGCUAGAGGAGGCUCUGCCUGUCCCAGGGGAGGCUGUCUCUCUGCUGGAGGAGGCUCUACCUGUCCCAGGGGAGGCUGUCUCUCUGCCAGAGGAGGCUCUAACUGUCCCAGGGGAGGCUGUCUCUCUGCCAGAGGAGGCUGUCUCUCUGCUGGAGGAGGCUCUACCUGUCCCAGGGGAGGCUGUCUCUCUGCUAGAGGAGGCUCUGCUUGUCCCAGGGGAGGCUGUCUCUCUGCUUGACGAGGCUCUACCUGUCCCAGGGGAGGCUGUCUCUCUGCCAGAGGAGGCUCUACCUGUCCCAGGGGAGGCUGUCUCUCUGCCAGAGGAGGCUCUAACUGUCUUAGAAGAGGCUUCACCUGGCAUGAAGGAGGGUCUAAGUGUCUUACAGAAAGAGGAGGAGGAAGACGAGGUUCUAAUCUCCUUGGAGAAUGAGGAGGAAGAUGUCGCUACACCUGUGGCCUUAGAGGCUGUGUCUAUACCUGCCGUGAUUGAGGUUGUCCCUGCUUUAGAGAAAGAUGAGGAGGAUCUGCCUGUCUUUGACGAGGAAGAGAAGAUACAGGAGGUGUGUAGACCCUGCAGUGUGGACCUCAGUCAGAGCAAAGUGUCUGAGGGUCACGUUGCAGGUGAUGAUGAAGAUGAUGGUCCUAUCAGAGCUAAAAGAAGAGCUCACAACACCCGACAACUAAGCGACGAGGAACGGGAAGUAAGCGUCCAAGAGGAUGUGGAAGCCCUGACACCGCCGCCGAAAAAGAAAAGGGGCAGGCCAAGAAAGACUCAUAUUAUUAAAUACACGCAGGAAGUGUUGCCCGACUUUGACCCGGAAGUGAUCUCGACGGGCGAGUUGGUCCCAGUUCCCGGACCUCACCUGUUCUGGAAGAAUGAGCACGGUCUGGGUUGGCUGGACACCUUGCUGGUAUCGCUGGUCCACUGUCGCACCCUGAGGGACAGGCGACCCAUCAAGAGACCCACUGUAUGUCAACCUGUCUGGGAUCUGUGUGAGAGGUACGACCGAGCCUGUAGUCUCAGCACAGCCUACCAACACACUGGCGCAGACGGUGUCGUCAGAGUGCCCUCUGUGGUGUUACAGAGGCUGCAGACUGAGAUGCAGGCCAUCAGGACGGCCAUCUUUAAACUGGUGGAGCCUCGACUGAAAUGUAAACUGGGUCAGAAUGAGAGGCUGGUUUUGGUUCUGCCUCUCCUCCUCGGGGCCGACUCCUGGGCCUCUCCUCUCUUCCAGCAUGCGUAUGACUGGCAGUUUCAGUGUAUCUCAACGACUUGCCAGCAUGCCACCAAAACCAAAUGUGAGAAGACUCUCACCACUUUCACCAAGGUGGUUACUGAUUGGCACCCUCUCAAUGCUGCCAACCAAUCACGUUGCAGCAAGUGUAAUAAGUCGAAGCAAGCCAGGCUGUUGGUGCUGGAGAGGCUGUCUCCUGUGUUUGUGCUGCACUUUGCGGAAGGUCUCCCUGACAACGACCUCGGUGUGUACUCCUUCACCUUCCAGCAGCAGAGAUACUCCAUCACCACCGUCCUACAGUACGACCAGCCACUCAACCAUUUAGUCAGCUGGAUACGCAGACCCGACGGAUCGUGGUUAGAGUUUGACGACCGGAAGCAUCCGGACUGUGUCUCGCACACCCAGCUGCCGGUCCCUCCUAGAGAGAUCCACGUUGUCUUCUGGGAGUUGGAGACGGAGCGUCCCCACAACACACAGACACCCUGCACUUCUCAUCCCGAAAACCCGACGAGCACUUCCUUGAUAGAGAAAGAACUGAAGCAACCUCUCCUAGCCAAGCUCUUUGUCGUUAAUCAGUCUCUAGAAUGUUCUCAGACGGUCUCUGAUGAUGCGAACGCUGACAUGGACGCCACCAUAACUGCCGACUAUAUAGAUAACCAUAUGGACACAACAUUAAGGAAUAACGUAGACUCUCCCAUCGUCAUCGGUUCCACCUCCGUGCUCGCUGAUGUAUCGCUCCAGUCCGGGUCUCACGACCUCUCUCUGCCCCGCCCUCUCGAUGACACGGCCGUUGUCGAGGCGCUGACAGUGUCUGACGAUACCGACACCACGGUGACAGCCGGUGACCCGUCCAUCGGCUCUGCCACGCCGUUCGACACCUUCGAAGGCCUCUCCCGCGAUGACAUCGUCACCCUGACACUCGUAGAGGUCAAAGUUGACUCUGAGAGCAGGCCGUUGGACUACAUCACCGCGGCUCCCAAACAAAAUGGAAGAGACGUCUGCUUUCUGUCUGCUCCUAGAUCUGAGACCGAGACCCCCCCAUCUGCCCACGAAAUACCCACUGAAUCUGAAACGCCCUCCGAAACGGACGAUGAAGACCUCGUCGAAAGGCCAACGUCCCCCGAUACGGCCAGUGAGUUUCUCCCUGACAGCAGUGACGGUCCUUCUGAGACGGACUCUGAAGAAGUCACUCCCAGUCCUCCCAAGAUCAGGAGAAGCCACAAUAGACCUAAAAUGGCGUCCAACACUCCAGUUGCUGCAGCAGCAACAACACCAAUGGCACUUCCUGGAAACUGUGGUGAAAUAAUCCUGCCUUCCGUCGUAUCUAUGAUGUCAACGUCAUAUGUGGAACCACCAGAGUUCCCUCCCUCUCCCCCGCCCCACCCUAAAACCCCCAUUACCUCCAGCUCUCUGCAGAGCACACCUGGUCCCUCUCCCCCACCCCACCCCAAAACCCCCAUUACCUCCAGCUCUCUGCAGAGCACACCUGGUCCCUCUCCCCCACCCCACCCCAAAACCCCCAUUACCUCCAGCUCUCUGCAGAGCACACCUGGUCCCUCUCCCCCGCCCCACCCCAAAACCCACUGGUCGUACCAUCUCAGCCAGAGACAACCCAGUCAAUUGAAUCAUUCAACACCCAACCGGUUCCAGCAGCUUUCACAGAGCCGGCAGACGCCCAACCCAGACGCCAGGCUGAAGAAGCCUCCGCCUCUCCCCAAAACCAGACUCAGUAAGGAGGACAACGAGGCCCUGCCGGUGAAGGCUGCCGAGAUGUACGGAGGGUUCCAGGCCAGGAGCAGGAACGUAAAUACAAACAUAAACAAUGUCUCUUCCAAGACUUCACCUCCAACCCAGCACCUCUUUCAAAGAAUUGACCCUCAAAAUGGCAUCUGGAAGACACCAAGUCAGCCUGGCGACUUCGCCUCGCGAAGACCCCCCAUCGACAACACUACAGCAGCGUAUCCUAUCGUGACCUCACUUCCUCCUCCUCCGGGUGUCACGGAGCUCCAUAAAAUCUCUUCCUCCAGGAAUCAAGGCCCCGGUGGCCAGGUCACGAAGGAUCCGGCCGGCCUCAGUGAGACAGAAACCCUCAGGUACAAGCUGCUGAAGAAGCUGAAAGCCAAGAAGAAGAAACUGGAGAAGCUGAAUCAGAUGUUGGGUUACCAGGGAGCUGCAGGAGGACAGGAAGUGACCCGCAGACCAGACUGCGCCGACCUUCGCUCCCCUUCUACUGUUAGCUCCAGUACCUCCGCCUACGACAGCCCUGCUUACGAUGAGUUCUUCGCCGACCUUCUGUCGCCCGCGACGACUGCCAGCAAUCUAUCGCCGGACAGCACGGGCUUCCUGGAUAUGCUCACCACCAAUGGGCAAGAAGCGGGAGGGAACUUGGCGUGUGGGGGGAAUGCGAUUGGUGGAGCCUCGCAGGUGGUGACCCCUGCGACCUUACAACCGGCCAAUCACGGUGUAGUAAUGCCACUGCCCGGUCUAGAUGAGCCAAUCAUGACCUCCGGUGAUAACUUCCUGGAGGAGUUCAUAUCGGGGUCGGCCAAUCAGCAGAUGGAGACGGAAGCCCUCAGUGCUUUCGACCUGUUCUUUUAGACGUCGUUAGCAGAUCCUAGACCUGUGGUUAUCUGCUUACCCAACCCCUGAGCUUAGCUCAGAUCAGCGACGACAUCUCAGGAGUCUCCCAGAUGUCUCUCUGGUCCUGUAUUUUCAGAUCCUGUUCAAUGAAAGGAUUCUCAUGUCUAAUUCGUUGACUAGAUAGGAAAAGAGUUGCCAGUUUAGAUGUAGACAGUUGCUAGGAGAAACGUCAUGCUAGUACUCCUUUCAGUCGUGUGUGUGUGUGUGUGUGUGUGUGUGUGUACAUGGCAUCAGUGGGUAGUUCUCUUAUUGGCAGCAUGUUGUCACACACGGUGGAAUCUUAACAGUUGGCCAUUGAACAUAAACACUCCCAUGUCAUUCAUGUAUUCACUUGUUUACGAAAGAAUGUCGAAGUUGAAUACGGUUUAAUGUUGAUACUCAUUGAAGCUUUGUCCAAAAAACACCACCUAUUCCCUAUAUAGUGCACUAUAUUUUGACCAGGUUCCUAUAAGGUCCUCCAAGUGAAAAAAAUAAAAAAAAAUAGACAGAUUGAGGCUUUUUAAACGAAUGUGAUAUAUAUAUAUAGUUUGUUUCAGAGUAUUCUGUAAAGUUAAUAGGCGAGUGGUCUGAUCCUUCUUCGGAAUGUUCCGAAGGAAAUCAUGAUCAUUUUGCCUUUUUUUAUUUUCGUUUUGUCUGAACGACUUAAAAUCCUGAACUAGGAUGAAAAGCCCGACGACGAGGAUAGAAGGUUCGUGUUUUUAGUGGUGGUUGGGACUCUUCAUCUUGUUCAUCAGUUGUUUUGAAUGUCAUUUCUUUAGUAAUACUAAAGGGACAGUUGUAGAAUGUUGUACAGGAUUGGAGACUGUAUAUAAUUCUAAUAAAAAUCAAAUGCUUUCUUUACACGGA